AGGGUGACGCUUGGGGUUCCCCACAUCUGAUAGGUGCAGCGGGUCCGGCCCUCCUCCAGGCGGGGCUUUGAAAAUUUGGGGCCAGACGGAGGCUGCUGAGCCCCGCAAACCCUUAGCUCCCGAGUGCCAUGGGGCAGCUGAUAGCCAAACUGAUGCGAAUCUUUGGGAGCCAGGAGCACAAAGUCAUCAUCGUGGGGCUGGACAAUGCAGGAAAGACCACCAUUCUCUACCAGUUCCUGACCAAUGAGGUCGUUCACACCUGCUCCACCAUUGGGAGCAAUGUGGAAGAAAUUGUUCUUCAGAAGACCCACUUCCUCAUGUGGGACCUCGGAGGUCAGGAAGCACUGCGUGCCACCUGGGACACUUACUACACUAACACUGAGUUUGUCAUCCUUGUGAUAGACAGCACAGACCGGAAGCGGCUGUCGACCACUCGGGAGGAGCUGUAUAAGAUGCUGGCCCACGAGGCACUGCAAGACGCUUCAAUACUGAUCUUUGCCAACAAGCAGGAUGUGAAAGACUCCAUGACCACAUCAGAGAUCUCCCAAUUUCUCACGCUCAGUGCCAUCAAGGACCACCCGUGGCAUAUCCAGGGCUGCUGUGCUCUCACGGGAGAAGGGCUGCCGGCUGGGCUCCAGUGGAUGCAAUCUCAGGCCACCACCAACUGAGGUCCCAGCCUGAGGCCAACCAGACACCGAAUGGUUUACGCCAGUGAGAAACACCAGUCAUUUGUUGGUGGAAAGAGGGUGGCUACGGACAGAGAGAUUCCUACAGUCCUUUCAACUGUCAAGUAGAGCUGGAUCAAAGACUUCAAGUUGGUGCAGAAAGGACUACAGAUGAAACUGUCCGCCCACUCCAUCGCUGCCGGUGUGAAGAGACGCCAGGAACUUGCUGGGGAUGUUGGGGGCAGGGAGCAUCAGGUCUCUCCCAGCCCUCACCUUCUGUCUGCCCGGCAAGAGAUCUUUGACAUUGUGUCAUAUCCCCUGGACGAAGGAGAUUCCGAUAAAGGAGGCAAUAGGACCUGGCCAAAAGCUGGGAGGAUGGGGGAGGGGUGGAGUUGAUGACUGGGAGGAUAGAACCUUCCAGACUGACGCAGUCGUUCACACUGCAGGGUUCCGAGUCUCUCCACCCCCACCCGCUCUCGCUUUCCUGCUCCCUCUUAGAUGCUGACUCCAGGACCACAGCUUUUGGGGCCUAAGUCACCACGUGGAAUCUCCCUCCCUCUCAGCAUCCUUCAGGUGUGAGUCCUACGCCUCUGAAAUGUCAAAGAUUUCUAUGAUUUGUUUUAAACAUCGCAUUAAGAUUUAAAAAGUAAAGGUAUCUAAUAAGUGCUUCUGAAAAA